CUUUAUUGACUUCCGCCAGAUGUCGCUGUUGUUGCUUCUCUUAAAGUCAUGGCGGAUUUUUUCACAAAUUUACAGAUUUAAGCCUGAUUCGUGGGUAGAUUUUAUUACCUUUCUUAACCGGAGUCGAAAUAAUAAUAGCACGUCCUUUGUAAGUGAAGCAUAGCGAUAAACUGACUGCGUCUAAACUGAUUCUGACAUUGGCCAACAUUCGCCAUCGACUCCGUGAAGACGUCUGACGGAUCUUCUCGAAUUUCGGUGGUUCAGUAAAUAGAUAGAAUUAACCAAUUUCAGCUCCGCACCGUACGUUAAUUAAUUUAUAACAGCUAUUAUGACGCAAUAAGCGUACGAAGAGUUCGGACGCCAUCACAUUAUUUUUACGCUCGAAAUACAGAAAAGAGAGCAGUGAUGAGUGAAGGCGCGCCUAUGCUGUACCAUGGAGGAGGUGGGUUCGGAGGGCCGCGCCAGGGCUUCGCGUCAGGAGGGCCUCUGGAGCGAGCGUGCCACUUCCCCGCUCUGGAGCUGCCGCCAGGACCGGCCACACCGCAUCACCAUGAGCGCUCCGCUAAGGACAACACUGCCUUUGGUUACGAGUCAGAUGACUCCAGUUUGUCCAGCAAUGCUUCAGGAUCAAAUAAAAGUGGUGAGAAAGGAGAAAGCGCAUCCAGUGCCUCAGAGCCGAACACAUCGCCGCAAGGCUACGCGGUGCGCGAGUGGCGCGGGCGUGUCCGCCGCGAGCCGCACCGCCCGCGCCGCAUCGCGCCCGAGCGCUACCUCAACGCCUCCUACCCCUUCCAGGUCAAGUUCACGCCCGAUGACUUGCUUAAUGGGUCCAAAUGGGACAACCUGUCGCAGGAGAUUUGGGACAAGUUUGUCAAGUCGCAGCAGACAGAGGAGACAUUCCGCAAGAAGAUGAACCUCUGGAGAUACCUCUACGUCACAAUAAAGUCAAUAUUCCCGCGCUACGGGCUGUACGUAGUGGGCUCCACAAUGUCGGGCUUCGCGUUAGACUCGUCGGACAUGGACCUGUGCCUGUACGUGCGCGCGCUGGGCGACAGCGAGCCGCGGGCGCACGCGCUCCUCCACCUCAACUACAUACUCGCCUACAUCAAGAGCUUUGAUCGCGAUGCCGAACUAAUCCAGGCAAAGGUGCCGAUCCUAAAGUUUCGCGACGCGCGAGCCGGGCUACAGGUGGACCUGAACUGCAAUAAUGUCGUCGGUAUCAGGAACACCAGUCUGCUCUACUGCUACUCCCGUCUGGACUGGCGUGUACGGCCGCUAGUGGCGGUGACCAAACUCUGGGCACAAGCACAUGACAUCAACGACGCGAGGCAUUGUACGCUCUCGUCAUAUUCGCUCACGCUCAUGGUCAUACACUUCCUGCAGUGCGGCACGUCGCCUCCCGUGCUGCCGUGCGUGUGCGUGCGCGGGCCGUGGGAGGUGCGCGCCGCGCGACACAACCGCGCCUCGCUCGCCGAACUGUUUCUGCAGCUGCUGCGGUACUACGCAACCUUCCCGUACGACAAGAUGGCGGUAUCCGUGCGUGCAGGGCGCUGCGUGCCGGUGUCGGCGUGCCGCGCCGCGCGCAGCCACAAAAACGAGCCGCACCAGUGGAAGUUACUCUGUGUCGAAGAGCCCUUCGACUUAACGAACACAGCGCGCUCGGUGUACGACCCGGAGACGUUCGCGCGCAUCGUGGAGACGUUCCGCAGCAGCGCCGCGCGCCUCGCCGCCUCGCCGCGCCUCGCCGCCGCCUGGCCGCACACGCACGCCGCCACCCAGUACCAGCCCGAGCGAUGAUACUGUCGGGACUCCGACCACACAGAGUGUAACAUUAUAUGGAGGCUGGUUCUCGAUGUUUCCCAAGACUUUAUUGACGCGGAACAGUGCAUUCCUAUGUUGAGUAUGUUGUGUAUGAGUAGUGUACGGGUACGGGUGGUGGCCCACUGACGCCCCGCGCGUGACAAGUGCUCUUACGUCGCCCCGCGGCGCUCUAGUCCAGUAUUUAUUGUUAUCGUAUACCGUUGUUGACACUAGGAAACUAACCGGAGGGUGCCAGUCUGUCCGAAUUGAGCCGCGAAUAAAACAUAACGAGUUAGAAAUUUCACAGGCUGUGAUAUGCGACUGAUUCCCUUAUAAAUAUGUUGUAAGGUAGUGUUGUUACUGAUAGCGGUAAGGACGGGUCCCGCGCUAGCGGACGUCGGUCCCUAGAGCGAACGCGCCGCGCUGUUGAAUUUACACGUACAACAAAUUAUAUACAUUUUAAUUAAGAUAGAGCGAAUGCCACUAUGAAAAAUUAUAUGUUUACAUUCCAUAGUGCCAUUGUCUGUAACUUUAUUUUAAAUCAUAAUUAAGUUAUUAAGAUGCGAACUUCAGUUUCCGAAUGCACUCCUCACUUUAACCCCCGCCUGUAUUACAUAUCGGAGGUUUAGAAGCCGCAAUGCGGGGGUCGUGGCGCUUGCAUUUGGAAACCGUCGGUGGCCGCCGGCGAUACUUGCAUGCUUGUAUGUCGGCCGACAAUGUACGCCGAAACGCUACCUUUGCUGCCGGGCAACUGUACACAAGACUGAGGAUAAAUUGUUGCGAAUAUUCUCGAGUAGUCGCUCGGCCAUCCGCGCAAAAUGCUGCCUCACUACGCGUCCUAUUAUUUUUAAUAUUUAUAUUGUUUAUAUGUAAGUUAUUUAAUGUGUACAUAGUAAGAAAGGAGAAAGAUGAAGAAAAAAUUCAUAUAUAUGAAAUGCGUUCGUUGAUUGUGACGUGUAGGGUGCGACCGUUCGCCGGGACUCUAGACAUCACAGACAUCGCUCCGUCGUUUUGACAAUUAUUACAAAAAAAUUGGAAUGUUUUAAGAUUAUGUACAUUUUGUGUAAAUAUACUUUUAUGGUGUGUAAAGAGUAAAUGACAAAAAUAUGUAAUAAAAAAUGAUGUGGAGCCCGGCGCGAGCGCUCGUGCUGCUGGCGACUGAAUGUUCUCAUGGUCUUUAACAAUAACGCACAGAAAAUAUCCAAAGAUUGCUACACUUGUUCCUACAACGCCAGGUUCCCUAAAUACCAGAUUUCCAGAAUUAUCGGAUUUCGAAGACGCUAGAUUUUCAACACCAAAUAUGCAGUACCAAAGAGAUAGUAAUUAAAUAUGAAUCUCAUGUUAUGGAAAUUCGGUAUUACUACGUUUUAGGACUGGUUUGGGAAGGUCCAAAGUACAUAUUAAUAGGAGGUUCAUACAAUAUUUUUCUCUGCGUUAUUGUUUAAGAUGUGAAACAUCGGAAGUCGUGCUAUGAUGCUAUAUUAUGGUGCUAGUGUUAUGCCACGAGCCAAAAAGAUUCCGCUCACUGCGGAACCAGUCUAAUUUAUUUGUAAUGUUUAUGAUAUAAACUAAUUGGUGCUAUUAUAUUGUUAUGUUGCCUUAAUGUAUAGGCCAAAGCCGCGGCCUCGCUUGCUGUUAAAUAGGUGCCUAGAUUAAGAACUCAAAUAUAAUGCUAGAUCUCGAAUUCCUACGUCAGAGUAAGGUUAAAUUAAGAACGGGCAUAUCUAUUAAAGUAACAAAGGCACUGUUUAUUACCUAUACUAUCGUUAGGGAUUUGUGCUACAUAAACUAAUAGUUCAUAGUUCGUCGGUGCCUAGCGCAAGUGUCGUUGUCGCUCGCAACGUAAAGUUGUUAAUGAAUUACAAAAUUUAUGCAAUUCUGUUAAGCACUAUUGAAUUUUACUUAGAUGAAGUCGAUAUUAGUCAUUCGAUAUUAAAUGUUUUACAGUUUCAUAUUAUAAAAGUUGUCGCUUCAAAGUCUAGUGCAGAGUAUUAUAUUAAUAUUGUUUGCUAUUCCGUAUGUCUGGCGUCGCGCACCGUCGCUGGCGUCGCGCGUAUUAUAUGCGAUGCCCGCGCUCGCGUCGGGGGUAACUUUUAUUAUCGGUGGCUGUUGACAGGAUGUUAAGAUUUUAACAAUUUGUAAGUAAAAAAAAUCCUUACAUAUAUCCUGUCAUGAACGAGUGAGACGUUGUAGUUUCUCUUGGUGAAAGGGUACAUCGAUACACCUCCGGCCGCCGAACUCCACUCGAGCUCUUUACUUUUUGUAAAUAAUCGCCAGGCAAUUUUAUAGCGUUAUGUAUAAGUUUUAUAUCGAUUUUACAUUGGCACUCGGCCGCGCUGAAUAUAAAAGUACAAUAAAUAAUUUUAAAACAACUUAUAUACGUCUAAGAAUACUGAUUAGAAUAAUAUUAAAAAGUGUCUCAAAACUGUUUAAUUUUUGAAAAGUUAUAAUAACUUGAUGAAGCCGACAUCAAAAAAAAAUAUAAAUAAAAAACAAAAAAACAUAAAAAAACUAAAAAAAUUAAUAAAAACGCCAUAAAAAUAACAAAAAGAGAAAAAAAAACAUUGACUUGACUUCGAUCAGAGACUGGUCGAACGCCAUGUCGUUGUGGCGAAAGGGGAAAGGGAAGGUUUCCACAGCUGUUGGUAUUCGAGCGCAAAGUUGACGAAAGGUACCUAUUGUCUUCCCGUCAAUGUAGCGCUCAUUUAGGUGAGGUGAUGAAGAUGGGGGUUCUUUCUAGUUAGUUCCUACGCUCAGACGGCGGUGAUCUUUAUGCCAAUGACAUAGAGUUCACUGUCGACUGCAGGAUUGUAUGGUAGUAACUACUGGCGAUAGCCCGAUGGUGGAACCGACCUGCUGCGCGCCCUCUCGUGCGCAGGGAGUGCGCGCCACGGUCGCUUCUCCAACCCGAAGUUUCCCUUUACUGGAUGCUCUCAGCCCUCCCACGACUGCGCGGCGGCGAGUUGAUAAUUGGUAGCGAGCAAAAAUCAUGGCACACUCUCACACGUGGUUGUUGGCUUCCGAAUAUCUGAAGUCAAUCACGGCAGAGUAUCCACUUAAACCAAGGGAACAGUAACAGAUUAAGCUCCAACGACCACAAAAUCCACAUAAGCGCCCUUAACAAUUUUACCAUCCAGCUGCUAUAAAGAAAUUAGAUUUAUCCAAACUCUCUUGGUAAUAUCACGCUGCUGUUUAUUGGUGCUAAAGCCGGGUGGCCGUUGAAAGUCCGGUAUUUGAUGCUUCAGAAUUUAAGGAGGCUUUAAAGCCUCGCGGCCUUAACGUGAACUUGAAACUGCCGUUUGUAUUAAAUUUUUGCUCAUUAUUAUAAUUGUGCGAGGUAUUAUCGUCACAGCAUAUUGUUUGUUCCUUUGCCGCUUGUCCUCAAAUAGUGUCCAGAAGUACAAGAUCCAUAAAAAUAAUCAGAAUUUUGCACUAAUCCAUAUUCUAAUCCCAUAUUCCAGAUUUUAGGCAUAGUACUCCGCAAUAAAAUAAUUUCAAAACGCAAUCUAGAAUAGCCUAAAACUUUCGAUACUGCUACAUAUGUACCAUCGCCCACACUGUUAACUGUACAUUGGUGGACCUUAUGUCUUUUAAUAAUAAGGUCCACCGAUGUACAGUUAGGAGUGUUGCUGUUUGUACCUAAUAAAAAUGAUAUUGUAGAAAUUCAAUAUUUUGAGUGAGCGGUAUUUGUAGGACAAGCGAAAGGUUUAGACUGGCUGUGAGUUCUCUUCAAAUUGUUAGGUGUAACGUAAUAAUUUGUGAAAUUAAAAAUGUACUUAACCUUUAUUUUGAUGUUCAUAUAAAUAAAGUGCAAAAUUAUUUCGUGAAAAUCGGAAGUUAUUGGUAUUGAGCCAAUUGUGUAUAAUGUUAAUAUUGUAAAGUAUUGUAAAUGUACGUAAAUCUCUAAUUAAUAAAUAACUAUAGUUUUUCAGCCCCAAGGCUUUGAAAUAAAAUUGUUUUGUAAAAAUAUUUUUGUCAUGUUUUUGACAAAUUUUCUCUUGUGUUGCAUUUUAUUUUAUUGAACACUUGUAAUUUUAUUGUCCUUGUUAUACAAAGAAAUUAUUGUAAAGAAAAUAUUCUGUAAUAGUUAAAACAUUAUACAAACCGCCGAAA